UUGACUCUGGUGGAAUUGGAGUUCAGCGACAUUAUCUGAACUCGAGGGGCCUAACAGAAACACCGACAUAAAAUCAUAUGGCCUUCGUACGACCAACACAAAGGACCUCCUCGGAAGAGUCGAAGUCGUCGAGUUAUGUUCUCAAAAUCGUUUCCAAAAGUCCGAACACGUUAGCUAUAUCGGGUCAAUGAACUGCCGCGCGAACACCUGACCUCGAUUUCUCUCUCUCUCUCUAGAUCUCGUUCUUCCUCCUGCAAAGCCCCAGGUUUUGCCUCGAAUUCUGCUUCCAGUUUGCCCUUGGAAAAUCCUGUCAACAGCAACAAACAACGGCAGCAAUGGCGGCGAAGGGGAGGCACUCUCGAUUCCCGUCUCGCAAAUCCUCCCCGUCCACGCUCGUCUUCACGAUCCUGAUCAUGUUCACCUUCUUCGUCCUAAUCCUUCUCGCUCUCGGAAUCCUCUCUAUUCCCGGCAGCACUUCUCCUGAUUCCCCCAGGGCGCACGAUCUCAGCACCAUCGUUCACGACACCGUCGACAGGAGUGAAGAAGAUGAUGGGGAAGGGGACCGGUGGGUUGAAGUUAUCUCCUGGGAGCCAAGAGCUUUUGUUUAUCAUAAUUUCUUGUCCAAGGACGAAUGUGAAUACUUAAUCAACCUUGGUAAACCCCAUAUGAAAAAGUCAACUGUUGUAGAUAGCGCAACUGGCAAGAGUACAGAUAGUAGGGUACGUACAAGUUCUGGUACUUUUCUGACUAGAGGGCGUGAUAAAAUAGUCCAGAACAUUGAGAAAAGGAUUGCAGAUUUUGCCUUCAUACCUGUAGAGCAUGGGGAAGGGCUUCAAAUUCUCCACUAUGAGGUUGGCCAAAAAUACGAACCUCACAAUGACUACUUUGCUGAUGAGUUUAACACUAAGAAUGGAGGUCAACGCAUUGCUACAGUUCUAAUGUACCUUUCGGAUGUUGAAGAAGGGGGUGAGACAGUAUUCCCUGCUGCCAAAGGAAAUUAUAGUUCUGUGCCAUGGUGGAAUGAGCUAUCUGAAUGCGGGAAAGGGGGACUUUCUCUUAAACCAAAGAGGGGUGAUGCAUUGCUUUUCUGGAGCAUGAAUCCUGAUGGAACCUUGGAUCCUUCAAGUUUGCAUGGUGGCUGCCCUGUUAUUAAAGGGAACAAGUGGUCUUCUACAAAAUGGAUGCGCGUCAAUGAGUACAAGGUUUAAUUUACUCUACAAAAGGUUUGCAAAUAACGAGUCAGUUUUUGGCUUCUUGUUGUAUACUUGUAUCAAAUGGUGGUAGAACAUUUUCGGGCUGGAGCUUUUUCAAGGUUCACGCAGCGAGAAUAGAUUAGGGGAAUCUCAUAAGAUCUCAAGCGCAGAACCUAGGGAGAUUGAAGUGCUGAGUACUACUAGUUGGCAUUGAGAACCGUAAUCGGAAAACGGGAUGUAUUUAGUGAAUGGGUAGAGGAAAUGAUAUUUUCAUCUCUCAGACUGUCUGUGUAUUGGAUUUUCUGUCAUAAGUUUAUCUGUCCACAUCUAUUUUACAAGGCACAAUAGAUUCCUUGUUUUCCUCACGUUACUAAUUCUAGAGAAUACCAAUAAGAAAAGUUAUUACUUAUGUAAUUUAUACAAACAUUGAGCA